UGAUGGGGGCACCGACACUCACAGCACUCGGCCGGGGGAUGAUACAACGCUGAAAGGUACCUCCCGACAAAACUCUUCUCUCGCCCUGGGAAGUACCGUUCUAUUUCAGACCAAGGAACAUGUUCAAGCAUCUAGUCUGUGUGGUUGUAGCCGUCAUAUCCUGGCGUGACGUCACAUGUGCUGCAAACAACUCAGUGACGCUGGACCUGACCCACGACUGUGACAACAGACUCUACCGGGUGGACUACACCCAGAACUUCAUUGUGGAGGGUAACACGUCGGCUCGAUCCGCCCGCGGCGCGUGGUGGGACGCGAAAGGGGGACGGUGUGAGGUGUCAUUCGAGACCACGCAAGACAAGGGCAUAUGUAUCAAUGUGUAUGAGCUGGACCUGCUGCCUUAUGUCACCAUCGACUUUAAAACUACUACCUACCGACCGGACAAGCGCUACAGGCGAGGAGAGUCGACGGGGGAGUGGUGUACACACAAAAACUUGCUGACGAUGGAGAUAACGAUGAAGGGGAGGGAAAGGAAGAGAGACAGCUUUCAGUUCGGGUUGGACGUCAGGAACAAGACGCUGGACAAAAUCGAGAGAGAGUACAACAUGGGUUCCGCCACCGACUGCAACAUGGGCUACACUCUUCGAGAGACGGAGACCGCCAUUGUGAAAUCUCACAAAGUACAGAUAUUUGACCAACCACCACAGGACUGUGAGAUGACCUUCACUACACAAUCCAAGGCAGAAUAUGGCCAGGUGUGUGUGACUGUGAAGAAAUUCAAACCUCGCUAUGGAUGCCAUAUGGGCCUGGCACUCAGUAAGCUGGACAAGAACCACUGGCCGGCCAAGGUGAUCUACGACUGCAAGACGAAGAAGGAGUCUACCAAGGAGGUGUGUUCCAGCAAUAAGGUCCUCGUUAUAAAGCUGGAGAGGGGGAACGAGUCUCACAGCGUGGCCAACUUUGAACUCACAGUUGCCAGCAAGCUGAUGCCAUUCUGGGAGUCCAUGGAGAGUCAGAAGACAGAGCUGAGUGUGAUGAGGGCGGCCAAGUCCCUCACCGUCGUCAUCGCCACCUUCGACACCGUCUUCGCCCUCAUGGCUGCCUUCAUCAGCAUCGCCACCAGGUACCCCUACGGCAGACUCAAGGUGUUCGGCGACGUAUUCGGGAAGGACCCCAUACCUGCUCACUACGGCAACGAAUAUCCUGUUGCCAUAGCAGUGACCACCGGCGAAUCAGAGCCGCCACCAUUUUGAAUGACGACUCAGAUUGUUCGUUGACGAAGACGUCAUUCCAUGUAGUGAUGGGCUCAAUCAGCACCGGACAGUUAUAAAGUUCCACACAGCGCCAUACUGUAGUAUGUAGUUCUAUUGUAGGACAUUCUGAUGGUAGGAGGACAUCGAGCGAGGACUCCCAUCCUGGCGAGUCACGGCUGUUGUGCGUAUGUCCUCGUGUCUGCGAAUACGCAUAGCCGCCAUAUUUACGUGUACAUAGUGUAUCAUGUUUUGUUAAGAAACUGGGAAUUGUUUAUAUACUUACAGUGUAGAUGCAUGCUCGUGUAACAGAGAGUUCGGAACGUGGUUGUAUGUACAUUAUCUGUGAUAAAAAUCUCAUACAUAA